UUUUUUUAUUCUGUGGCGUCACUCGCUCGGGACGAUAAACUUUCUUUACCUACUUUGAGUUCCUAAUAAUUCGCCAGGUGCAUAACAAACAUUGGUCGGUGGGUGAAAAAUGAACGGUGGUCGUCUGAAUGGCUAGUCUUAACGUCGCAGAAUGGACGCCGGAGCAAGUGGCGGAAUGGCUAUCAGGGUUGGGCGAGAGUGUGGAGCAAUACGCCGCGGGGUUGGCUGCGCGCGGCGUGGACGGCGCCAAGCUGCUGUCGCUGCGCUGCGACGACCUAGAGUACCUCGGCGUCAGGCUCAUAGGACACCAGGAGCUGCUGCUGGAGGCCGUAGAGCACCUAAGGAACUUUCACUACGAGAGCCGCCGCGAGUGCGUGCAGCAGCUGGCCGUGCGCGUGGCGGGCGCGGGCGCGGGGCUGGCGCGGGCGCUGCGGCACGAGGCGCUGGAGACGCAGACGCUGGCCGACGUGGCGCGCCUCGUGCGGGCCAUCAAGCCGCUCGUGUGCUGGCUCGACCGCUGGCCGCUCUGCUCCUCGCCGCAGCUCGCUGGUCAGUACCCACGUCAGCUGCGCCGGCCGCGGGCCGCGUGCCCCUGCCGCCGCUGCAGCUGUUGUAGUGCCCCGUGUGGUGUUGCAGAGCGCAAGGCGCAGCUGCUGCAGCUGUCGCUGGAGGCGGCCACGUGCGCCCAGCGGGACCGCUUCGCCGAGCAGCCGGCACGCAGCGUGGCCGCCAGCGCCGCCGCCGCCGCCGCUGCCGCCGACUACAUCAUACAGGACGUGGCGGACCCGUCCAUCGUGACGCCCGCGUCGCUGGAGGCGGCGUCGCUGCGGCAGGGCGCGCGGCCGCUGGGCUUCCACGUGCGGCGGGCGCCCUCGGGCCACCUCACGCUGCAGCACAUCCGCUUCGGCUCGCCGGCGCACGCCUCCGGGGCCGUGCACGACGGCGACGAAAUCGUGCAGGUGGGGUCCCGCUGCGUGGUGGGGUGGAGCGGUCCGGCGGUGAUGUCCCUGUGCACGGCGGUGGGCCGCGGCUCCGGCGAGCUGGCGCUGCGGCUGCGCAGGCGCGGGGCCCGGCCUCCGCCCCCGCCGCGGCUGGCGGCGCCGCCGCCGGGGCCCGAGCCCGCCUCCGACAGCGACAGCGAGCCGCUGUCCCCGCCCGCCUCGCCCGAGCUGGCGCACGCCCGCCACGCCAGGCUGUACCCGCCCGCGCCCCGCGCCGCCCCCCGCCGCCGCCACUCCGUCAGCGGCGGCAGCCCCGCUCCGCGCCGCGCCGCGCUCGGGAUAGAGCAGUUUUGGCGUGAACUGAAAGAACAGAAAUGGAUUCGCGGCGGCGGCAGCGCCAACAUGAGUCCUGAGCCCGACGACUGCGCGCUGUAUCGCCGUGAUAAGGCGGUGUCGUGCAGCACGGGGCUGGAGCUGUCCCCGCGGCCGCGCACGUGCCUGGGCGUGGCGCUGCCCCCGGCCUCCCCCGGCGGCUCCGGCCCCCCCGGCCCCCCCGGCCCGGCGCCGCCCUCCCCCGCGGCCCGCGGCAAGCUGGACAAAUGCCACUCCACGCCCGCGUACGACCUGGGCGCCCGCGAGUCGCCCGGCCCGCUGGCGUCGCAGCCCAUCCCCGAGUCGCCCACCACGCCCGGGGACAGCCCCACCGUGCUGGUGCACUCGGCGGAGAAGACGGACACUAUCCUCGACUUCAAGAAAUCCAGCUCGCAGAUCGGCGAGGCCAUUCUGCGCACGCGGCGUGAUGAGCCCGAGGCCGAAGCGCUCAACGCGGCGCUGCUGCAGCGGCUGCAGCCCCCCGGGCCCCCGCCGGCCAGGCCCCCGCCGCCCGGGCCCCCGCCCCUCGGGCCCCCGCCGCCCGGGCCCCCGCCCCCGCCACGCCCGCGGCCCGCGUCCCCCGCGUCGCUCACGCCGUGCCGGGACUUGCCGGCGCUGCGCAUCGUGCCGCGCCAGCCUGAGACCCCCGUGAAGGUCCAUCCGGUGAGCAAUAGCGGCGGGACUGGGCGCGGAAUAUUUCCUUCCGCUAAAACUCGUAGUCUCAAAAAGAAAAAUUCUUUGUUGGCGAAGCGUCGCUGCGUGGCGUGGCGCACGCUGUACGGGCGCGGGGGCGCGGGGGCGGUGUGGCAGCGGGUGCGCGCGCGCGGCGCGGCGGGCGGGCGCUGGGCGCGGCGCCACCUGCUGCUGGCGCACAACCUGCUGUACGCCUACCGCUCGCCCGAGUGCUCGCGGGCGGCCUGCAUGAUCUCGCUGGCGGGCUUCACGGCGGCGGCGGCGGGCGAGGUCAAGUCGCGGCCGCACGCCUUCAAGGUGUACCACACGGGCACGGCCUUCUACUUCGCGGCCGAGUCCCGCGACCACAUGCUGGCCUGGCUGCACCUGCUGACCAGGGCCACGCUGGCCGCGCCCGCCGCGCCCGCAGCCACGCCGGCGCCCAUGUUCUCAGAGACGGACUAUUCAGACACGGAAUCGGAUAGCGAGCACACGGAGCGGCGCGAGCGUGACCGCGAACGAGAGCGGGAGCGAGAUAAGGACCGGGAGAAGGACAAGAGCAAGUUCGGUUCUCUAAAGAAGCUGACGAGCCGCAUGACCCGCGCCGAGUCGAGCGAGGCCGUGGCGGCCGCCAGCCUCGACCGCAAGUACCUGCGGUUCUUCUCGCGACACCGCGCCAAGGACGAACACAAGCCUAAGAGUAAGCCCGCCGGCGGGGUGGUCCCCGCGGAGCAGCCAACCCUGGCGGUGACGGUCGGGGGCGGCGGCGGGGGCGGCCCGUGGGGCAGGGGCGGCGCGGGGGCCGGGGGCGGCGCGGGGGCGCGCUCGCCGGCGGGCGCGGGGCCGGGGGCGGCGCGGCGACACAAGCCCGACCACUGCCUCGGCUUCGUCACGCUCGAGGAGUUCAUGCUCAAGAAGCAGGAGGAAGAGCGCAAACAGAUGUACAGCAACCGCGUGCUGAUGGGCGUGGAGCGGCCGGCGCUGCACCGCCAGCUGGAGCGCAUCGUGCCCGACGUCAUCUACGGGGAGCUGCCGCCCGCGGCCCCCGCCCCCGCCCCCGCGGCCCCCGCCCCCGUGGCCCCGACGGCCCCCGCCCCCGCCCCCGGGGCCCCCCGCUCGCUGCCCGCGACGCCGCCGCGCCCCGCCCCCGCGCGGGCGCCCCCUGUCGGCCCCAAGCCCGUAUCUGUCAAGGGGAAGGAUGGGUAUGAGAAAAUAGUAUACCCCGAGGAGCUGUCGGGCUCGGCGGCCCCUCCCCCCGCAAUCGCCCUGCCUACCCCCGAGCGGUGGCGGGACUCGCUGCGCAGGAACGACAAGGUGCAUUCCGGCAGUACAGGCCUAAAGCUAGCCGUGCCAGUGUCCACGCCCCCCGCAGCAGCGGACAGCAGCGCGGCGGCGGGCGGCCCGGGCCGCGGGCGGUCCCCGCGCGGGCACUACCCGCACCUGCAGUGCCCGCCCACCUUCCAGCCCGAGACCUACUGCCUGGCCAGCCUGCAGCCCGCGCCGCGGCCCUAG